AUGGCCCACUCCGAGCUCUCCAUCGCUCGCUCGACCCUGGCCUCGGGUCUUGUGUCGCUCUUUCUGGAGUCGCUCUUUUUCGGGGCGUUCGCCGUCGUGUAUGGGAUCACAGCAUGGAUUCUCCUCAUCCGCGACAGGCACCAAGGCCGGUCGAACUGGGACCUCAUGCUUUUCAUCGCGAGCACAGUCAUGUUCGUCUUCGCCCUCGUGCAUAUGGCCCUCGACGUCCACAUUAACAUAAAAGCGUUUCUUCUCGAGAGCCACGAUUUCGAGGCCAUGGCGCACCUCUUCGAUCUCUACAACGGUCUCGUAGAUCCGAUCGGAGCUGUCAAGUUCGCCAUCUACGUGACCCAAACGCUUAUCGGAGAUGGUUUUAUGAUAUACCGCGCAUACGUUGUGUGGAACCGCUCGUGGUAUGUCAUCAUCAUUCCUAGUCUUCUUUUGUUCGGCGAAGUUGUUCUAGGCUAUGUGACAUCGUGCCUGGGCAAGUUCGACGUGAGCGACACAACGAUCACGGCGUGCGUCAACGCCUUCUUCAUCCUAUCUGUCGUCACAAACGUGACAUCUACGGCUCUCAUCAUGAAACGGAUCCUGUGGUCGCCGGGGUCGCAGAGCACUAGCAACAGCACCGCUCCCGGGCAGCCCGUGCGUGGCCUCCGAUCGCAGCGCCCGCGACAGCCCCGCAAGACCGUGCAAUGGCGCGUCGUCGAGUCGCUCGUGCAGUCCGCGGCCAUCUACUCGCUCGCGUCGGUCUCGCUCGCCGUCACCUCCUUCCUGAGCCCGGCCAUCGGCUUCCCGGCGUGCCACAGCGUGUUCCCAUCUAUCAUCGGCCUCGUCUUCGUGCUCAUCGUGAUCCGCAUCAGCCUGAACGCGGGCGCCCCGGACGCGCACCGCACGACGCUGCGGCACUCCGUUGCGGAGGGCGCGUCGUGUACGAGCCUCAGUCUCCCAACGCAGGACGCGCCGUGGCCGCAGCGUGUGCAGCCUCCGCUCCCCGGCGCGGCGAUGCUGGGUGGGCGGCCGAUCGCGAUCAAGGUGUCGGUGUCGACGACGUCGGACGGGUCGAGUGACGCAUCGAGUUAUCGGACAUCGCUGUCAACAACGUUUGACCCAUACUCGCCGGGGUUUGCGAAAGAGGCGCGUGAUGUCGAGAAGACCGAACUCGAGUCGCCCAUGCACGUCGAGGGGCAGGACCUGAGCCCGGUUUUGCACAUAUCAGAUCGACAUGAAGCGUCGGACGCUGCAUGAGCAGGGCGCAGCAAAGACAAGAAGCCUCCAGGUGCUUACGGCGUAGUUGGAGCGUCUUCGGCCGAUUGGCCCUUCUUGGGUUCCCUUAACUUAUAAGGUAUGGAUGAGUAUCUGAGAAUGCGUGCUCUUGACAGAUAACGGACUGCGACGUCUUGUAUCC